ACCGGAAGUGUUGAUGUAGUUGCUGUAAACUUGAAGUUGCCGGUCAACAGAAGGUCGGUCAACAACAACAACAACAGUUAGCAGUUAGCUGUUAAACUUGUGGAUUUAUUCACUGUGACCUCCGGACUCAUUCUGAGCAGAUUAACUCCUCUCUGCAUUCUCCGCUAAUGCUAACAGGCUAGGUCUGCCGGCGGUUAGCUUCCAAGCCUUUCCGGUCCGUUAGCUCCGUUAGCUGUUAGCAUGCAGUGUGCUAACCUUCUGAAGAAGAGACGUUUGGACACGGAAGUGGAGCCGUGGAGACCGAAGCGACUGUGUUUGGAGGCGGAGCUCCGGUCGGCUGAGUGUCCAAUGGAGACGUCCCACAGUUUAACCGUGUCCAAUCAGCAGCAAGAACAGCAGGUUGGUGCGGUCCGGCCCAGACCUCCGCUGUCCUGUCCCAGGUGUCUCGGAGGAGAACCGGGUCACAUCAGCCACAUCAUGGGCCACUGAGGAGCUGAUCCCCCGCCCCCCGCAGGAGGGGGUCCUGACCUCCUGACCCCUUCAGGAACCCCGAGUCGUCCUGAAAAACAUUUCAAACAUCAGAAACCGUCCAGACCGACGACAGCGUCUCACAGCCAUCCAAUCAGAUUUCUGCUCCUGCUGGAUGAUGUCAUUAUGACCUCGCCCACUGAAAGGACCAAUCGGGUGCGUCGUUGCCCGACUGUGGCCCUUUAACUCCGUGAUUAUUUUUACACUCCUGCCGAUCGUUUGCUCCGUCGGUGUCUCGAUCCAGUUCGAAGUUCAAAACAUCUCAAGCUUUCGACCGCAUCUCACGGCCUUCCUCGGCUGAUGGAGUUUUCUCGGUUGUCAUGGUGAUGGUUUAGUCGUGGUCACAUGACGUAAACAUGGUGUUAGAAUGCUCUCUUUGCUGGUGUGUUUAAGGACCCUCCGACAUCCGAGCGCUGCGGCUCUUAUUCGCUCUGUGUCCACCUGAUCGACUGAGCUGAACUCUUCGCUUUCAGCGAGUCGGAACGUCAAUAAAUGUGAAAAAUGAUCAAAAUCACUAAUUUUCUUCAGGUUUGAUUUUCCGACAGCUCACUCUGACUCCUCAGAUGUCCGGGUGUCCUCGAACACACCAUGUGGAGUUUGCAGUCAGCAGUGUGACGCUCUUUAACGAGCUGUACGAUCAAUAAACCGCAUCAGAGUAUUAGCCCCGCCCCUCACACCGCCUUCCUCCUCCUACCUGGCGUCUGAUUGGUCCACACCUUCUGUCACAUGAAAGGUGAGGACACCUGAAGGCAGCAGCGGCGAAUCGCCUGAUGUGCAGCGAGCUCCUCAGUUUAAUAGACGUGUGUAGUUUUAUACCAGCUAACUAAUCAAUAACCAAUGACUCAGCUGUGAUCGGUCACCCGGACGGUCAGUGAUUUGACCUCUGACCUCGUCGUGCUCCUCGUGAGACGUUCUGUCUUGAACAGCAGACGGUAACAUGUGACCGGCGUCUUCGUCGGUUCGUUGAACAAACCCGACGCUGUGCGUUUUUAUUGCUAUCGGCCGAUAUCCGAUUUUUUAACCUCCCGAACAUCAGCGUCAGCGCUCCGCCGUCAGUCGACUCUGAAUAAACCGCUGAGCUGAUCAAUGAUUUGAUUGGUUGGUCGCGUCGUGAACGUUAAAGGUCUUCCUGUUUGUAGUUCUAUAUUUUUACGAGGCAGAUUUUUAUAUUUUGAAGCCGUUUUUUAUUGAUUGACUGGAUGUGAAACAACUUCCUGCAGAGUCUAUUUUGAUGACAUCAUUUCCUGCUUUGGGGCUGACCAAUCGGAGCGCAGCAUUUGUACUGCAGACUGAUUUAAAAAUAAAGCAAUCGACUGAAAACUG